AUGCGCAGCUCUAGUGCUAUGGCUUCCAGCUGUGGUGGGAUGUUGAUGGGGAGACGGAUCGCAGCCUGUUGGCUGUUCGGUCCCAGGCGCAGAUUUUACUCCGAGAAAGCGACUCUGAAAGAUCCUUCCUCCCCGCCGAUCCGGGACAUCAUCUACACUCAGGAGCAUUACAGUCUGAGAGAGUCGCUCCGGAAGAUAAUUGAGAAGAAAAUCAAUCCCUUUGUUGACAAAUGGGAAGAAGAAGGAAUGUUCCCAGCCCAUAGAAUCUUCAAAAUUCUUGGAGAAGCUGGCUUCCUGGGCGUUAACAGGCCAAAAGAAUAUGGUGGCCUUGGUUUGGAAUUCAGCUAUAAUGUUGCUGUGGCAGAAGAGCUGGGAAACAUACAUUGUGGUGGAAUUCCCAUGGCUAUUGGCGUCCAGACUGACAUGGCGACACCUGCUUUAGCCAGAUUUGGCUCAGAGGAAUUGAAACGCCAAUUUCUUCAACCUACCAUUGCUGGAGACAUGGUAGCCUGUUUAGGAGUCAGUGAAGCUGGAGCUGGAUCUGAUGUUGCAAAUAUCAAGACGAAAGCUGUAAAGAGCGGAGAUGACUAUAUAAUAAAUGGAGGGAAAAUGUGGAUAACUAAUGGUUGUCAAGCUGACUGGAUGUGUCUUUUAGCAAACACCAGUGAUGGGCCUCUUCACAAAAGCAAGUCUCUCAUUUGUCUGCCCAUGAAAUUACCAGGAAUUAAUGUGGCUAGGAAGCUCGAUAAGUUAGGCAUGAGAUCAUCUGACACAGCAGAGAUCUUUUUUGAAGACGUUAGGGUUCCAAGAAAAUAUCUCAUUGGGGAUGAAGGAAUGGGCUUCACCUAUCAGAUGUUACAAUUCCAAGAAGAACGUAUGUGGAGUGUUGCAGUAAUAUUGUCUCCGAUGAAAAAUAUCAUACAAGAAACAAUUGAAUAUACACGACAACGUAAAAUUUUUAACCAACCUGUGUUGCAUAACCAGACAGUGCACUAUCGCCUUGCUGAACUUGAGACUGAAAUUGAACUUGUUCGUUCUCUUCUUUAUCGUUGUGUUGCUCAAUAUAUUCAAGGGGAAGAUGUGACCAAAUUAGCCUCAAUGGCAAAGUUGAAGGCAGGCCGUCUGGUUCGUGAGGUUACUGAUAGCUGUCUCCAGUUCUGGGGAGGAAUGGGCUUUACCAAUGAAGUGUUGGUCAGCAGACUGUAUAGGGAUAUGAGGUUGAUGUCAAUUGGAGCUGGUGCAGAUGAAGUCAUGUUGUCCAUCAUAUGCAAGUACAUGGGGACCUUUCCUGGAACGAAAUGAUUGAUUAACACAAUAGCUAAGUCAACACAUGGGCAAUAAUAAAAAAAAGUGAUUGCAUUAUUAGUAAUUUCUAUGUAACAUUUUAUGAUUUCAUGAAACAUUUAGAAAAAGCUAACAUACAAGAAAGUAUGUAAAUUCUAGACUAUGAUGUAUAGUCUUCUGUAAUGAUUUUGCCUUGGACACGAAAGAUCAUUUUCGCUUGUACUGAAGGUAUUUUUCAAGUCAAAUAAUUAUAUUUUUUAUCUAAGUUAAUUCCUAUGAGCUAUGAAUUAUUGGGGCUAUUUCAACUCAAAUAGUAAAGUCUAAAGUAAUUUAACAGAUUUUUAAAAUGUUAUUUAGAGUUUAAAUAGAAUGAAAUAAAAAGGGCCAUGUGUAGAGUCAUCAGUUUAAAAUUCUGUGUGGUUAUGUUAAGGGAAUAGCCAUUAUGCAGAUUAUUUGAAUUUGAACAAACUAUUGUGCUAUGGAAAGAAAGCAGGCUGUUUGGUUUUGCUUUAAAUUCUUCCAGCUGAGACCUAUGAACCUCUGAUUAUAUUAUUUUACCUUUUUAUGGAGGGAGAAAUGGAUUUUGCGGUUUGGGAUCUCCAUUUUUUUAAUUUAACAGUACAGCACAGUACAGGCCCUUCGGCCCACAAUGUUGUGCCAACAUUUUAUCCUACUCCAAGAUCUAACCCUUCCUUCCCACAUAGCCCCCUAUUUUUCUAUCAUUCAUGUGUCUAACUAAGAGCAUCUUAAAUGUCCCUAACGUAUCUGCCCCCACAACCUCUGCAGGCAGUGCGUUCCACGCACCCACCACUCUCUGUACAAAAAAAAACUUACCCCUGACAUCCCUCUUAUACCUUCCUCCAACCACCUUAAAAUUAUGUCAAUGCUGUUUAUUACAAGAGAGUAUGGAAUGUUGGAGAAUGACGCCAUGCACUUUGUGAAAGUUGGCACCUGAAACAGCUGGUGUCCAAUCUAGGGCCUCCAACCCUAUACUGUGGGGAAAGGAGGGUAGGUGACAAAUCGAGCAAUUCCAAGGCUGGGCCAAAAUUUUGAUAGCAGAUCAAAUGAUGGAGUAUCACUGAGCCUUAAGUAAUGCUAAGUGCCUAAGCAGAAAUGGUAGUUUGGGAUAGUGGAUCUUUGUGAAGCUAGAAAAUUGCACAUACAUUUCAGAGUAUUAAGAUCAUUAUAUAGGUAAAGUUUUGGUGAAAACGUUUAACACAAAAUACAAGAUUCACUGUUAUUUUAACCAGUAUUAACAACUAGGAACUACUGCUGAAAUCCACUGUUCAAAUGUAAAAAUCCUAAAUCCAUCAUUCAGAUUUUGGGAAUAUGAUUAAGAUGUUCCAUGACUGGAAUUCUAAUGGUUUGGCAAAGUAUUGGCUGAGAAAAAUAUGACUAAAUAUAAACCAUGGGUAAGAUGGAUUUUCUUUGAGAGCCUCCAGAGCAAAACUUUGGAACUCCUCUCCUAUAUACCACUUUUGCCUAAAGUUGAAUGUUUCCUGUUAAUAGUUUGAGUUAUCAUGUCAAUACCUUAAAACGGGGUAACUUAGUUGGUUCUAUAUCUGAUUUUGAUAUGGCAUUAGGCUUUAUAAUUUUAUAAUAUUGGUUGAUCUUCUGUUAUGUUGCACAUUAUGGUUCUGUUUUGCAAAUAAGAUGUUCUACUUGAGCACCAGUGGUUGAUUCAUAAGCAAAAAUAGUGAAAAUGAAGUAACAACGAUAGACAUAAUCUCCAAAGUGUGAUGGGGAAAAGUGAAAAAUGUAUACAUUUUCUCUGAACUUGCUCUUUCAUGACGAACACAAAAAUAAAUCUUUGUUACUA